CGCCAUCUCCAUCCUGGGCACACAAGUGGAGAGUAGCAGGCAGGAGCCCACAGAGAGCAUGGGGCUUUCCUGGGCCCCAGACCAUGAGCCUUCUCUGAGACCCAGGAUGAAGGGAGCCUGGGACAGUGUAGGCUGGGCCCUCCCUUCCCUAGCUAUCUUCAUCAGUGUCCUGGGGAUGGGGGGGGGGGGCAAAGGUCAGAAGUCACAGCUCCCUAACUCCUGAUGGAUCAGGAAAAGAUUGGGGGUAAGGCAAAGCAAACUCCUCAUCCUCUCUAGCCCGCGACUGGGGAUGGGACGAGGGCUCUCCCCGCCCCACAGACACGUCUAAGAAGGAUGCAGCUGCUUCUUCCUGGAGGAGAUGGGUGGGCAGGAGAAGGGCGAGGGAAGGGCAGGGCAUGCUAGGGAAGGAGAUUUACUGGGCAGCCAGAGACAGAACCCUGGACCACCAGACCAGAGCUGGAGAGGAGACAUCACAGAGAUACAACCUUGCCUAAAAAGGAGACCUCAGAGACGAAGGCAGAAUGAGUCAGAGACACCGACCAAGCCGGGGCCCCGGCCAGGCAUCAGGCACAGGGUCCAAAGGCCACUUGUCCAAAGGUCAGCCCUGGACAGUGUCAGCCGGGCAGGAAGGCUCCAGGGAGCACCAAAGAUGGCCCAGGAUCAGAGUCUGAAGAGGGUGGGCCUGCUGGGCUAUGGGCGCCUCGGUCAGGCCUUGGCUGCUCGAUUGCUGGCCGAGGGGGCGCAGCACGGCCUGGAGCUGGCCUUCGUCUGGAAUCGGGACCCCAGGAGGCUGCAGAGCACCUUGCCCCCUGCCCUGAGACUCCCUGACCUCAGGGCCCUGGCGGAUAGGAGUCCAGAUCUGGUGGUUGAGGUCGCUCACCCCCAAAUCAUCCAUGAGUUCGGGGCCCAGAUCCUGAGCCACGCUGACCUCUUGGUGGGGUCCCCCUCGGCCCUCGCCGACAGGGACACAGAAGAGCAGCUGCUCCGGGCCUCCAGGAAGUCCGGCCGCUCGGUGUUUGUGGCUCGGGGAGCCUUGUGGGGAGCUGAGGACAUAUCGAGGCUGGAUGCAUCAGGGGGGCUACAGAGCCUGUGUAUCACAAUGGCGACGCACCCCGACGGCUUCCGACUGGAGGGGCCGCUAGGCAGGGGGCCCAGGGAGGGGCCCCGCACUGUACUCUACGAGGGGCCCAUCCGGGGGCUCUGCCCCUUCGCCCCCCGCAAUUCUAACACCAUGGCAGCUGCUGCUCUGGCCGCCCCGAGCCUAGGCUUCGAUGGUGUGGUGGGCAUCCUGGUCUCUGACCUCAGCCUGGUCGACCGGCAUGUGAUAGACGUGGAGCUGAAGGGGCCUCCGGGCCCUAGUGGCCAGAGCUUCUGUGUCCGGACCCGGCGGGAAAACCCAGCGGAGCCGGGGGCUGUCACUGGCUCUGCCACCCUAACCACCUUCUGGGGCAGCCUCCUGGCCUGUGGCAGCAGCAGCACCACAAAGCCCGGCAUCCAGCUGUGCUGAUCAGGCAGCCCAGAGGAAAGGCUGCUCCUCGCCUGGUCCUGAGAUGUGCCUCAGUUUCCCUUUCCUCAUGCCAGCCUCAUCGGUCAAUAAAGUUUGGGGUACCUUUGCUACAAUGGAAA